UUCAGUUUAAAGUCUUAGUUAAACGUCAUGUCGUUGAAAUUAUAUCUCAGCUGUUUUUUGAUGAUUUUAACACCUGUUUCAACAAGGCGUCCAUUUGAUCUUGUUCUUGAUGAACUCAAAUGCCUUGGAUAUGGAGAAUCAGUCAUAGAAGCAUAUUGUAAUCAAUACCAAAAGUCCAACAAAACAUAUGUCGACGCAGCAUUGAUAUUUUCAAAACAAAUAGAUACUUUCGAGCUUCGCGGAUUAAUUGAAAUACCACGUCCAAAUGAAGAACCCAUGAAACUUAUCAAUAUAACUGUGGAUGGUUGUAAGUUUUUGGUCGAAGCUGAAAACGAUAAUAUAUUGAAAGUAAUUUUGCAAAUGAUGAGAAAAUCAGGAAAUCUCCCUAAAAAAUGUCCAUUACUAGCUAACGAUCGUUUUUAUUUGAGUAAAAUGUUUGUUGAUCCUGAUUUAUUACCAGGCUAUACACCGGAAUUAAGUUUUGUGUUAAAUAUAGACGUUUUAGUUCAAAAUAAAUUGACUUAUAAAAUUUUUAUAAGAGGGCGUGUUGAAGCCAAGAAAAGCAAAAAAAGAAUUUUCAAAGUAAAAUAAACAUAAAAUGGCUUUUAAAAAAUUGUUUUCAA